AUGUUGGCUCGAAGUAGCUGUUCAUUGAUUUCUAGCGUUGAAAAGUUCGCAUCUGCUACACAGACGAUUUCGUCUGUUCGACAUCUUUGCUUAAGCCGAACGGUUUAUGCAUCAACGAAAACCAAAGAUGUACCUUUAUCACGUUUUGAACCGAACAAAUACGUCAAUUAUGAAAAACAAGCAGCGACUUUGGAAAUCGUGAAAAAACGACUUAAUCAACCAUUAACAUUAUCGGAGAAAAUUCUCUACUCGCAUGCCGAUGAUCCAAAAAAUCAAAAAUUUGAACGUGGUAAAUCUUAUCUUCGCUUACGUCCUGAUCGUGUAGCUAUGCAGGAUGCUACUGCCCAAAUGGCUGUUCUUCAAUUCAUUUCAUCUGGCCUUCCCAAUGUCUUGUGUCCAACAACAAUUCAUUGUGAUCACUUAAUUGAAGCACAACUUGGAGGCGAACAAGACUUAAAACGAGCGAAGGAUAUUAACAAAGAAGUGUACAACUUCUUGGCUACGGCAAGUGCAAAAUAUGAUAUCGGAUUUUGGAAACCAGGCAGCGGUAUUAUUCAUCAAAUUAUUCUGGAAAACUAUGCUUAUCCUGGUUUAUUACUUAUCGGUACUGACAGUCAUACACCAAACGGUGGUGGUUUGGGCGGAUUGUGCAUUGGUGUCGGUGGUGCUGAUGCUGUCGAUGUCAUGGCUAAUAUGCCAUGGGAAUUGAAAUGUCCAAAAGUUAUUGGUGUUCGAUUAAGUGGUCAAUUAAGCGGCUGGACAGCACCGAAAGAUGUUAUUCUCAAACUAGCCGGUAUUUUGACAGUAAAAGGCGGUACAGGGGCAAUCAUUGAAUAUUUUGGACCUGGUGUGCAAUCAAUUUCAUGCACAGGUAUGGGAACUAUCUGUAAUAUGGGUGCAGAAAUUGGAGCUACAACAUCAGUAUUUCCAUAUAAUGAACGUAUGAGUGAAUACUUGAAGGCAACAAAACGUGAAGGAAUUGCUAGUCUUGCUAAUGAAUAUAAAGAUGUCUUAUUGACAGCUGAUGAAGGUGCCAAAUACGAUCGAGUCAUUGACAUCAAUUUAUCCGAACUUGAGCCGCAUGUGAAUGGUCCAUUCACACCUGAUCUUGCCCAUCCGAUCGAUAAACUCGCCAAAGCCGCAGAAAAAAACAAAUGGCCAACAGAUAUUCGUGUUGGUCUCAUCGGUAGCUGCACCAACAGUUCUUAUGAGGAUAUGACUCGAUCAGCAAGCAUUGCCCAACAAGCUAUCGAGAAAGGUAUCAAAGCCAAAUCGAUGUUUACCGUUACACCAGGUUCGGAACAAGUACGAGCUACAAUCGAACGUGAUGGAAUUGCUGAAAAACUUCGUGCUAUUGGUGGUAUUGUGUUAGCUAAUGCCUGCGGUCCAUGUAUUGGUCAAUGGGAUCGUAAAGAUAUUAAAAAAGGCGAAAAAAACACGAUUGUUUCCUCAUACAAUCGUAACUUUACUGGACGUAACGAUGCUAAUCCUCAAACACAUGCGUUCGUUACAUCACCAGACCUUGUUACAGCCAUGAUCUUAAGUGGUGAUCUUCGUUUCAAUCCCUUGACUGAUUCAUUAACAGCUGCUGACGGCAGUAAAUUCAAAUUGCAACCACCCACAGGUGAUAACUUACCAGCACGCGGAUUUGAUCCAGGCGUAGAUACUUAUCAAGAACCACCUAAAGAUGGUACCUCCCUCAAAGUCGAUGUUGAUCCAAAGAGUGCACGUCUUCAAUUACUUGAACCAUUCAAACCAUGGGAUGGAAAAGACUUUAUCGAUUUUCCAAUUCUUAUUAAAAUCAAAGGCAAAUGUACUACCGAUCACAUCAGUGCUGCUGGUCCAUGGUUGAAAUAUCGUGGUCAUUUAGAUAACAUCUCGAAUAAUAUGUUCAUCGCUGCUGUCAAUGAAGAAAAUAACGAAGCAAACAACGUCAAGAACCGUUUAACAAAUGAAUGGGGUAAAGUUCCAGAUGUUGCACGUUACUACAAGAGUAAAAAUACUCCAUGGGUUGUGGUUGGUGAUGAAAACUAUGGUGAAGGUAGCAGUCGGGAACAUGCUGCACUUGAACCACGUCAUCUUGGUGGACGCGCUAUCAUCGUUAAAAGCUUCGCUCGUAUUCAUGAGACCAACUUGAAGAAACAAGGUUUACUUGCUUUAACAUUCGAUAAUCCAAGUGAUUACGAUAAAAUCAAACCAGACGACCGAAUAUCGUUAGUUGGCCUCAACAAGUUGGCACCGAAUGAACCGGUUGAAUGUCACAUUAAGCAUUCAAAUGGUAAAACCGAAACAAUUAAACUUCUCCAUACUCUGAAUGAGCCACAAAUCGAAUGGUUCAAAGCUGGCUCUGCACUCAACGCCAUGCGUACCUAUUUCGCAUCGAAAAACAAGGCUGGCAAAGCAACAGCAUAG